CAACUAAAAGCAUCUACCACAAAACUCCAACUUUGACUUUGGGUUCUCACCGGCUCUCUUGGGUGUGGCAACGAUUAAAGUAAUGGAAUUCAGAUCUUGUUCCCAAAAUUAGACAAAACCCACCUCGCAUCUCACUUUUUAGCUGAUCCACAAUGGAGAAAUUUUCAAUUUUGUUGUCAUUGGUGAUGCUGGGUCUGGUCAUUUGUAGUGUGGAGAGAGUGGAAGCAGCUCAGAAAGCUCCUUGGAGGAUUCAGACUCUCUUCUCUGUGGAGUGUAAUAACUACUUUGACUGGCAAACGGUUGGACUCAUGCACAGUUUUAGAAAGGCGAAGCAACCGGGUCACAUCACGCGUCUUCUCAGUUGCACUGAGGAGCAGAAGAAAACUUACAGAGGGAUGCAUUUAGCUCCUACUUUUGAGGUUCCCUCGAUGAGCAAACACCCCACAACUGGUGACUGGUACCCUGCAAUAAACAAACCUGCUGGGGUUUUACAUUGGCUCAAAUAUAGUAAAGAUGCAGAGAAUAUUGACUGGGUUAUUAUCCUUGAUGCAGACAUGAUAAUCCGUGGCCGAAUUGUACCGUGGAAACUUGCUGCAGAGAAAGGAAGACCUGUUGCAGCAUAUUAUGGGUAUUUAAGUGGUUGUUGCAAUAUAUUGGCUCAACUGCACACAAAACACCCAGAACUUUGCGACAAAGUAGGUGGACUUUUGGCAAUGCAUAUAGAUGACCUGCGAUCUUUGGCACCUAUCUGGCUUUCAAAAACAGAGGAAGUACGGCAAGAUAGGGCUCACUGGGGAGUAAACAUAACGGGUGACAUAUAUGAGAAAGGAUGGAUUAGUGAGAUGUAUGGAUACUCUUUUGGUGCAGCAGAAGUUGGGCUCCAUCACAAGAUCAAUGAUAACUUGAUGAUCUACCCAGGUUAUGCACCCCGGGAGGGAGUUGAGCCAAUUCUUCUCCAUUAUGGGCGGCCAUUUAGGGUAGGAAAUUGGUCAUUUAGUAAGGCUGACCAUGAUAAGGAUGAGAUUGUUUAUAGCUGUGACCAGCUCUUUCCUCAACCUCCUUAUCCCAGGGAGGUAAUGCAGUUGGAAAUAGAUCCUAAUCUACGGAGAGGACUAUUUUUAAGUAUAGAGUGCAUAAACAUUCUAAAUGAAGCUCUUCUGUUACAUCAUGCUGCUAACGGCUGCCCUAAACCAGCAUGGUCUAAAUAUGUGAACUUUUUAAAAAGCAGAGCCUUUGCUGAACUAACUAAACCAAAAAUUGUAACUCCUGCUACUCUACAAUUGAAGGAGGACACAGUACAAAAACAUAUUGAUCAUGAUGAUACCCGACCAUAUCCUAAAAUCCAUACUGUUUUUUCCACUGAAUGCACACCAUAUUUUGACUGGCAGACUGUAGGGCUUAUGCACAGCUUCCGUUUAAGUGGACAGCCAGGAAAUAUAUCUAGACUUCUCAGCUGCUCUGAUGCAGACUUAAAGCUAUAUAAAGGCCAUAACUUGGCUCCCACCCAUUAUGUCCCUUCUAUGAGUCAGCAUCCAUUAACAGGCGAUUGGUAUCCAGCCAUUAACAAACCAGCUGCAGUUCUCCACUGGCUCAAUCAUGCAAAUAUCGAAGCUGAAUUCAUAGUGAUUCUAGACGCUGAUAUGAUAGUGAGAGGCCCCAUUACCCCAUGGGAAUUCAAAGCUGCACGCGGCAAACCUGUUUCAACUCCCUACGACUAUCUUAUUGGCUGUGACAAUGAGCUUGCAAAAUUGCAUACAAGCCAUCCCGAGGCUUGUGACAAGGUUGGUGGUGUAAUCAUCAUGCAUAUAGAUGAUUUGCGAAAAUUUGCUUUACUUUGGCUGCAUAAAACUGAGGAGGUUCGGGCUGACAGAGCUCGCUAUGCCAGAAAUAUAACAGGAGACAUCCAUGAAUCUGGUUGGAUCAGCGAGAUGUACGGUUAUUCAUUCGGUGCAGCAGAGUUGAAAUUGAGGCAUACUAUAAACAAAGAGAUUAUGAUAUACCCAGGAUAUGUUCCUGAGCCAGGAAUCAAAUAUAGAAUUUUUCACUAUGGAUUAGAAUUCAAAAUUGGGAAUUGGAGUUUUGACAAGGCAGACUGGCGAGAAGUGGACAUGGUUACCCGAUGCUGGGCCAAGUUUCCAGAGCCACCAGACCCAUCAACACUUGAUCACAAUGAUGAGGAAAAUUUACAGCGAGAUUUUCUCAGUAUAGAAUGUGUGAAGACACUAAAUGAAGCAUUGCGCUUGCAUCAUGAAAAAAUGAAUUGCCACAAAGAUGGUUCCAUAUCCGAAUUAAAAGCCAUAGAGGAAAAUCGUAAGUCAGCAAAUUAUUCUGAGGAAAUGAUUAGUGUUCAAAAAGAUGGGACAGGGAUACCUAGUUCCUUCAGGGUUUGGGUGUUAUUUUUAUGUGCAUUUUCUGUAUUUGGCUUCUUGGUCGUAGUUUUUUUGGUGCAUUCUAGUCACAAAAGAAAAAGAAUGAAAAUGAAACACCAUAGAACCAGGAGAAGAAACUUGUAACCGAAAUAGAUGGGCACAUAACUUGAACCGCCUUGCCUCUUUAAUCGUUUUGCUUCUCUUAUUCUUAUUGCGUAAAGCAUGCAGGUAAAGAAUUUAAGACUAUCCUGCAGUGACGUGAUUGAAGGGUAUAAGUUAUAUUACUGGGGAGAUUUUGGCUUCAUUCCCAUAGAGGAUGAUAAUAUGAACGUUUAAGGACCUCUCAUUUGGACAGGCUUGAGAGUGCUUAUACUAUUUGUACCCAAAAUUCAUGAAAAGAUUAGCAACAUGGAAUGAGAGAAUCAAAUCCUGCACCUUCGUUGUUGAAACAGGUUGGUGUUGGACUGCGGAGUAGCUGAUUAAAGUAUUGUAUGAUUCACUCAAUGCAAAGGCAUUUGAUGAGUUGUGAAUUGUGAGUCUUUUGAAUCAUUGUUGUAACCUUGUAUCCCUCACAACAAUACUUGUAAGGGAUUUGUAAAAUAGUGUUAUAUGUCUGCAUCGGCCACCGAUUAUUCUAGGUA